AUGCUUCACUGUACGGGUCAAAAAACCCCAUGCCCGUGUCCGCUUGGAAAUGAGCUUUACGAGAGGACCCACAAGACCAAGGCGGGGGUAUUUGUGGAUCCGAGGUCCGAGCAAAUCUACAACGAUGUCGUUGCUCGGAUUGAAGACCGCCAAACCCAGCUGACCCAGCAAUCUCCCGAUGGAAUACCGGUCGUAUUAUCCACUCAAGAAGUGGAUCAGAUUUACGAGGAGGUCGUCCCUAAGAAAAAGGGACGUACGUUGGGAAUCGGUUCCGUCAACGAUGUCCCAAGAGCGACAUCGUCUUAUGGUCAGAGACGAGCCGACGAAGUCACUGAGCUGCGUUCGGAGUUACACUCGACGCGGACUCAGUUGGCGUCGACGCAGACGGAGUUGGAGUCUACGCGCCAAUCAUUCCAAGCUCGUAUGGGUGGAGUGGAGGGGUUUCUGGAAGUUAUAUCUUCUGGAAAUCCCCAAUGGGAGGAGUUGUUGGCGGAUAUGCGACGACGGAACCCGGUUCCCGAGCCUUCUCGUACUCAGCAGCAAGAGGAGGAACUACAGAGGAGGAGUGAAGACCUCUACCGGGAAACGAUCCACCGCCCCGGCCCGACUUAGUU